CUGAUAUCACAAAAUUUAGAUAAGGACCCUGAUAAGCUAUCAAUGUCCAUUGUUAGUUUAGCGGACGGUUCGUGAAGUUCACAAUGAUGUCUAAAUUUUCCAAAUCAUUGGAAGCAAUACCUCGCCAACGCAGCUUUGCCUGCCUGUCAUUGAAGUUUGGGAGUUUAUUCUCUGGUUUAGCUAUAAUUUUAUAUUCAAUACUCGCGCUUGCGCAAUGCAUCGUUGCGUUCAGCCAUUUGCCAAAAGAGUUCACCACAGAUGACUUCAACAUUGUCUUUACGUAUGCUGUGUUAGUCGGUGUUACAUUUACCCACGCCUUGACUCUGUUUCUAAGCGCCAUAUUACUAGUUGGAGUUAUCAGGGAGAAACUGCCAUUAAUGAAACCAUGGAUCAUGUGGAUCUCCAUACAAGUGGUUCUAUCAGUCAUUAUGUUUGUUUUAUGGACUACCUUUAGUCUGGUGAAUCACGAAGGAAGUGGAUCAUUACUACUCUAUGUCAUAGAGUUCUUAGCUUUAAUGGUUCGUUUCUACAUGCUGAUGAUUGUGACCAGUUUCUACAAGCAAGUAGAGGAAACUGGAGGAGAGACAGAAAGACUAAAGAAUAUUAACAUUGACAGUUGGUAUACUGCUUGAUAUACUCUAUAUUCAGACUAUUUCCGGUUUAAAAAAGAAACUGAGCGUUUUUGAAAAAAGAACUUUUUUUGAUGUUUCAUUCAUGAGGCGAAAACAUUUUGUAUAUUUUAAUAGGCUUUAUAAAUACGGGUCCUACAAAAUAAUCUAUCGUAUGUAUCUUAUAUUGUUUUGAUAAUCUUUAUUACUUUUGUUUUUAUUGUAGCUAAAAUAAAUGAUGCAAAUAAUUA